AUGGGUUUGGCUGAUGCAAUUGAAAAGCUUAAGAACAUCAUCUACUCGAAGUCCUCUAAGGAUCGUUCAGAAUUCGGCAGCAACUCCCGGGGUUUUGAAAAUUAUGACCCCACGAGAUUUUAUUAUAUGGAUUGUGGUGAUAAUGGAUCGUAUGUCGACGUCGAGUGUAUCGCUACUGAAGAGUUUAUUCGCGUUUAUGGUGUGAACUUCGACAUGCAAUGUUCUGAUUUCCUCGUUCGACUUUGCUCAUUAUGUGGCUUAGAAGCAGUGGAUUACACUUUCUUAGUUCCUUGCGAGGGCCUUUCUGGAGUUUCAGGCAUCUUUUGGCUUUCUGCUCCUUCUAGGAGUAGGCUUGGCCAUUGGGUUAAUUCUGAUACAACUCAAACAACGCUACCAUCUAUGGUUAGGCUCAUUGCUAAAUGCUGUUUCAAGAAGUCUGCUAAGCUUUAUCAGUAUCCAUUCCUUGACACGAAGUUCAAAUACCCUAUUACACUCCUAAAAACGGGGAGAGAUUUUUUAAACGAACUGGGACAUCGGAUUACUGUGCAUUUACCAGAAGACUGCACAAUUGUCGUUCGUGGACAUUUAGAUCAACCUAUUAGUAAAGUACUUCAAAAAGUGUCUUCGGAGCGUCAUGUUCAAUUAAGCGACUACUACAUUACUGAUCCCCAAAAGGGAACGAUUUUAGAUCCAAAAGAUACAUUCUUAAAUCAAAAUGCAGACCAAAUUGAACUUAAAGAACGAAAAGUUAAAUCUAGCAAGAACUCAAAGUCACACAAAAAGAGUCAAAAUGAUGACUCUGUGAUAUCUAAUUUGGAAGUGGAAAUCUCUACUGAAAGUAAGCAUAAAAGGCGUCCAGCACCAAGUGUACCUGCUAAACAACAAAUAACUCAUCGACAUUUAUCACCUUUUGCCGAUGUACCUGACAAGGUACAGUCUUCUAGUUGUGUAACACUACCAAGUAAGAAAAAUGAUAAUAAAAGAUUGGACGAUAAACGAAAUUCAGUUGUUGGAUCUCAAGCAAAUAAGGACUCAAUUAGUAACUGCUCUCAAGAAUUACGGAGUAAAUCAUUUAUUGUGAAAGAUAAAUCAAAUUUGCACAAGCGUAAAUCGUCUACCAUGGUGAAUUCAAAUACAAAGAAGGAAUCCGAGAAAAAAUAUCGUUCUCCUGCACCACCACCACCACCACCACCACCACAAAUACUUCCAAGUCUCAAUAAACCUGUUAAUGGUAAUGAUCCAAACAUGCCCAAGUCAACACAUAAAGACUCUCGUAAAUCUGAUUCGCACUUGCUUAAAACGGAUAGUCGCCUAGAUGAUGAAUUCAUAAAAGAAGGCCGCAAAUCAAAUAAAGGCUCAGCGCCCAAAAAUCAUUCUCAAGAAAUAGUUACAAAGUCAAGUGUUGUCGAUGUUGUGAACAAUCAAUCAAAUUCUCAUGAGUGUAAACCAUCUACCACAAUGACGUCCAUUACAAAGAAGGAAUCCGAGAAAAAAUAUCGUUCUCCUGCACCACCACCACCACCACCACCACCACAAAUACUUCCAAGUCUCAAUAAACCUGUUAAUGGUAAUGAUCCAAACAUGCCCAAGUCAACACAUAAAGACUCUCGUAAAUCUGAUUCGCACUUGCUUAAAACGGAUAGUCGCCUAGAUGAUGAAUUCAUAAAAGAAGGCCGCAAAUCAAAUAAAGGCUCAGCGCCCAAAAAUCAUUCUCAAGAAAUAGUUACAAAGUCAAGUGUUGUCGAUGUUGUGAACAAUCAAUCAAAUUCUCAUGAGUGUAAACCAUCUACCACAAUGACGUCCAUUACAAAGAAGGAAUCUGAGAAAGAAUGUCAUUCUGCAAUACCACCGCCACCGCCACCUCCCCCACCACCAGCUCCAUCGUCUUUACAACGGAACUCCACUAUGCGUGCUAAUUAUUCGGAUCCAUCACUUAAAGAUUCAGAUUCAGCAGUGGAACCUACCAAAAGAUUAUCAUCAACAAUUUCAACUAAUCCUAAAAAUAAUUUACAAUCUCCUAGUGUAGAAAUGCUUACAGAAUUGACAAAUGCUUUCAAAUCUUUAAGAAAAACUAACAGUAUAAUGGAUGGUGAAAAUGUAGACUUUUCAAAAAAACUUCCGGUAAAUCGAGGUAAACUUAUUUCAGCUAUUCGACAAAAUCCACCUGAUACUUCAAAUAAUGGAUAUGAUAAAUCGAACAAUGUAAUGCCAUCGGUUAUAGAAUCUGAUGAUUGUUGUUCUGUGGACACAUCGUCGUAA